GCAAUUUUGAAAAGAUCUGUUGCCAGUUCAGAAAACAUUUCAUUAAUGUAGAAGAAGGACAACAGGAUGGCUAUCAUCAACAACUGGACAGCACCACUUCAAGCCCAAGCCAGGUUGCAAAAUUCUAUAGACGAUAUGAUGAUCCAUCAUAUAGGGUGGAACGUCGAUCCGGAAGAUUUGAUUCACAUACCAAAGCACUGGCAACUCUACCCAGAUCCUGAUAAAUCGUUACAUUUUCUUUUGGGGAUGAUUUACGUAUUUCUUUGGUUUGCAGCCACGAUUGGAAAUGGAAUGGUUUUAUGGAUAUUCACAUCUGCAAAAAGUCUUCGGACGGCAUCCAACAUUUUCGUUGUCAAUUUGGCCUUCAGUGAUUUUUUGAUGUUUGUAAGUAUGCCGAUUUUCAUCUAUAAUUCAUUUCAUGGAGGAUUCGCGGCUGGAUGGCUUUCGUGUAAAAUAUAUUCUCUGAUAGGGGCCUUAAGUGGAAUCUCGCAAGGCAUGACCAACGCCUGUAUUGCUUACGACAGGUACACUACCAUAACUCGACCGUUCGAUGGAAAAAUUUCGAAAACUAAGGCCGUCUUUAUGGUUAUUUUCGUUUGGAUUUACACAUUACCUUGGGCCCUUCUUCCGAUGUUCGAAAUAUGGGGCAGAUUUAUUCCAGAGGGAUAUCUAACAGUAUGUACCUUUGAUUACUUAACGACUACGUUCGAUACUAAACUUUUUGUAGGAACAAUUUUUUUUUGUUCCUACGUAAUUCCCAUGACGGCGAUUAUUUUCUUUUACAGUCAAAUAGUGAGCAAAGUAUUUGAGCACGAAAAAGCAUUGAAAGAACAGGCAAAAAAAAUGAACGUCGAAUCUCUAAGAUCGAACCAACAACAUAAAAAUGAAACGGCAGAAGUGAGGAUAGCCAAAGCGGCUAUCACUGUUUGCUUUUUGUUUGUCGCAUCCUGGACCCCAUACGCAGCUAUAGCUCUUAUUGGGGCAUUCGGAGAUCAAUCCUUAUUAACUCCCGGAGUAUCCAUGAUACCAGCGUUGACUUGCAAAUUAGUAGCUUGUUUGGAUCCUUAUGUCUACGCCAUCAGUCAUCCUAGAUACAGAAUUGAGCUACAAAAACGAUUACCUUGGUUGGCCAUCAAAGAGGAUAUCGAUGCUCAAUCGACGGCAACUGAAACGUCCUCGCCCCCAUUACCUUCUGCGUAAUAAUCGAAAAAUCAAUUUUGAAAAUGAUUAAAUUUAAAAUCCAUUCAUUCAAAAAUGAAUUUUAAUAUUUUCAAAACGAUCAUUUUUAGUGUCAUUAUUUUAAUUUGGUACAAUUAACUUGCCGAUUUUAUCAGUGCUCUUUAAAAAAAAAAAUUAAUACAUUUUGAAAGAAUGUCUAACAUUCAUUUCUUACUGUUAAUAUCAUUAAUGCUUAUCAUUAAAUCGUUAUUUUCUUCUAACUUAUACAAAUUUCAAAUCUUCUUCCAUGCUAUUCCUCUAGGUCUUCAUAUUUUGUUCCGUCUUCUUGACCACUAUUUGUUACUUGUCUACUUAUAUAUUUCAUUCUUAUACCUUUUACCUUGCAGGUGUCGAGUUUGUUGGUAUUAUGCUCCAUCUUUUCCUCAACUUAUUCCUGAUCUUCUGUAGCUUCUUCAAGUAUUUUCCAUUUCACUUUCUUCUGCAUGUUGUUACCUUUAGAUUCCCCAGAAUCCUCCUCUGGAGUUUCUAUCGAUAUUCUAGGUUCAGAUACCAUUUUUUCUUUAGCUUUACAUUGUAUGUGACAGAAUCAUCUCAGUUGUCUUCCUAUAGCUUUUAUUCCAGGGUCUGUUACACUAUUUUAAUCGCGAACUGUUAUUAUUUUUUCGUUUUAUUAGUAAAUUUACUUGUUCCCUUGUUGGAAUUGGAUUUUUCUUCUGGUGUAGUUCAUUGUAGCUUGCUUGCUAGUUUCUUUCUGAAUAAUUCCAUUAUCAUUAAUGUUUAUCAUCAUCUUCAAAGCGCCAAAUCUAACUUACACAGUUUCUUGAUGGUAUUUAUUGUGUUUCCAUUCUUUUAUUUCGUUUUCCAUCCUACAAAUUUCAUAUUAUUCUCCAUUCUAUUCCUCUAAGCCUUUCUAUAUCUGUUUCUUCUUCUUGGUAGUAAUGGAAUCCUUUGUAUCACUUAUUUACUUCGUUCUCAUACCCUGUCUCCUUGCAGAUGUCGAGUUUAUUGGUAUUAUGUUCCAACUUAUUCCUGAUCUUCUGUAGCUUGCUUAAGUAUUUUCCAUUUCAAUUUCUUCUGCACGUUGCUACCUUUAGAUUCCCCAGAAUCUUUCUCUGGAGUUUCUAUUGAUAUUCUAGGUUCAGAUUUGUGUUUUACCAUAUUUUCUUCAGCUAUACAUUGUAUGUUUCAGAACCAUCUCUGUUGUCUUCCAUUAGUUUUUUCUUCCAUUGGUCUUAACUUCAGUCUAGGAUGAAGGAACCAUAAAAAAUGACUUCUAUGGAUUGUCUCUUCUGAUAGAAGCUUGUAGAUUAUUUCCUGGGUAAGUAAUCAGUUUACCAAGUUCUUUUACACUGUUCUAUUUUCAAACUGUGAUCAUUUUUCUGUUUCAUUGGUAAAUUUACUCGUUCUUUGAUUGGAAUUGAAGUUUUACUGUUGUAGUUCAUCGUAGCUUUUUUUGUAGUUUCUUUCGGAAUGAUAUUCGUUGUUUUCCACCACUAUUAAUAGAAAGAGUACCGAUAAAAUGUUUCAUCUAUUCAAUUAUUACUUUUUAAGUGUACAUAUACGUAAAAAGUCGUUAUUUAUACUUAAAACAUACAAGUUUUUGUUAAAUAACUCAAAAUAAUCAUUUUCUGUAUAAACGGUUAAUAAUGUAUAAUUUUGCGAAUAAGAUUUUGAUGACGAUUUUGCAAUGUCUCCGGAUCAAGACUUACGGUGCUAUAAAUAAGAAAAUCUUGUUACUCAAAGAUAAUUAUUUGAAUAUAUACGAAGCUGUAACGUCCGCUUCUAAAAUCAAUUCGCCAUCAGCUAGUGUUGGCUGGUUAGGUCUGUCUCACAAUCGACGCCAUCAGCUUCCGUUGACGGAUGACAGGACGCGUAUUAGAUUAGGCGCCAUUUAUUUUAUUACUUUUACGUUCGUAUAAUAAAGUUUAUAUAUAUUUAAUUUUGGAUUUAAUAUGUUCAUUACUCUUACCUCUCAGAACCUCCAAUAAUGACUCCCAACGUUCAGAUUUAAAGUAAAAGUGAUUGUUGCAACAGUAAUAAAAUAAUUGGCGUCUCCUGUCAUCCGUCACCUUUCAUUGUCAACGGAAGCUUAUGGCCUCGACUAUGAGAAAGAUCAGCCAACAUGGCUGGUGGCAUCCACUCAACAACACAAUUCAAAGUGUCUUUAAGUAACAAAUUAUUUUAUUCUGUUAAAUAUUUUGUCAAUUCGAUAAAAUAAAAAAAUGAAUAAAAUAUGAGCAUGAUCA